AUGAGACGUAAAAGCAUAAGCGCCAAGAGCAGCAAAUCCGCAUCGCCUGCGAUGCAGAUGGGCGCAUCCGGCACGUUGCGCUCCAACUCCUUCGAAGAGACGCCGGUGCUGCCGGAGAUGCCGCCAUUUUUCCCAGACCCCGUCGCGCUCGACGAGGACGACACCCAUCUCAGAGUCCUCCGCGACGAGCUCUUCCAGCGGGAGUACGAGUGCAGCAUAAAGGUCCUUCAGGAGCACUUGGAGCAGCCAAAGCAAGAGCAGCAGCCAAAGCCGAAGCAAGAGCGUAGAGGCCGUUCCCGAAGCCGUGAUUUAUUGCAAGACCGCGGCAGCGAUGAUGCGCAAGUGGAGAGAACGUCAUGCGACAAAACGACACCGUCUACAGAGUUCCUGGUGGCGUCGGGGUUCACGUCGGCGGCCCCGAUUGUACCGAAUCUUAACGACGGUUGUGGCGCUUCCUACCCCUCCUUUUCCGCAGCUUCCCCGAUUAAAAAAGGGAAGAUGAAGAAGCAGAAGAAGUCUGGCGAAGGCGAAGGCGAAGACACAGCCGAGCAGUUGCCUCUUGUCCCCGAGUUAUCACUCUCUGCUCUACCAGAUAAUAAUGUGGUGGAUGGAGAAAGUGCGAGACAGAUCGCCAGUAGUAAAGGAAGGCCCGCUACUGCUGAUGUGGACGAAGGCUACUGGCGACGACAAUUGGGUUUGCCGGAGCUUCCAGUGUAUCUUUCAGAACCCAUGCCACCAGAAUUGGUCGCACUGGCAGAGGAAAUUGGUUUUGCGAAUGCAACACGCGAGACGCGUGCGAUUGCCACGAGUGUUAAUUCGCAUUUGAAGGAGGGAUUACCCGAUGGCACCACUUGGGCGCCUCCCUCGAUAAUGUAUGCCCUUGCUGCGCCGAAAACGACUAGUGGUGCUACGACUACUAACAAUACUAUAGCGGCUGAGGCCGUGGUCGCUACUGCUACUCCUCCUACUAUGACUCCUCGAGGAACGCUUAUGACGACUGCGUCAACUGGCCGUCAGUCCGCUGUCUUCCCAUUGACAGAUGCGUUUGUGCUGGAAGCGGAGCAGCGCCUCGCGGCGGAGAUGUUCUGUGAGAUGAUCUGUAAGAGUAUUGUCGAGUCGGCGGCAGAGAUGUAUGUGUCGCGCUGCUUUGACGCCGUGGCGACCGCCUACACCGCCUUCUCCGUGUGGGAUGAGGUGCACAACGCCGUGGCCCGCUCCUUUAUUCCGUGUGACCCACACGAGCCGCCAUCGUGGGAAUCGGAAAUCGCCACCGCGCUUGCCAUCAAACAGCCAAAGCCGCGACAGCAGCCGGGCGGCGCAGCGAAAAUAAGGACUGUGAGCGCACACCAACCGUACUUGGGCCUGCUUCCAGUAUGGGCGCCGUCACCGUCACUUCUAGACGCCGACGCAAUUCUUUCUUUCCAUCGCCGCAAAGCAGAGACCCAGCCACCCUUGCUUGGUGGUGCUGGUAACAGGAGCGACAAGAAAAACACCACGGGUGUGCUCGAGCGGCGGCAUAGCUCCACCUUCUCUCGACUCCUCGCCACCUCUGUGGGUGGGGGUGAGAGGCAACGGCGAAGGAGUAGCGCUGUCACAACACGUCAUGGUGCGUCGAGUGGGGAGGUAUCUUCUCUGCAGCGUGUGAGUUUGCCGCUUGGCGACGGCCCUAUCGACAGCCCUGGCACUCCACCCAGUCCGAUCCCACUGGACGAUUAUGCCCGCUACGUCGCCCCCAGUACCGCUGAGGUUAUGUUACGGCUGCAACAACAGCAGGAGGGUGAAGAGGCGAACAGAAAGGCAGCGUUGCAACGACGUUCAACGCGGCACGGACCGAGCCGCAAGAGUCGUGUCACCACGGCCCCGCCGGGUGGCGACGAUCACAAGGAUGACAACGGCGCGCGGGAGGAGGAGCGCGGCAGCAGUCCACAUGAAAGGAGUAAGCCGCGCCCCCGCCGCGUCGCGUCGCCCAACAACGCGUCUGCCAACGCCGAGGCAGAAGCACUGACGCGGAUGACGACGCCCGGUGUAGCAACGGACGACGAGUGGACAAAGGCACUGCAGAAACUGCCGCGUGGCUACUUGACCGCCUCGGCAAAUGGUAACGGAACCACCGCGCGAAACCACGCACCGGAUGCGAUUGUGCUUAUUGAGGGGGAACAGGCAAUCGCCCUUGAUAUUGCGAAGAAGAAGCGGAGAGGGGGGAAAUCGACAGGAGUUAAUGCAGGUGCUUUGAAGCAAGCGAUGAUUCAACAGAAAAGGAGCACCCCCGCAUCAGCUGAAGGUGGAUUGGCAGACGACGGCACUGCAAUGUUGCAGGUGAGCAUCGCAAAUGGUGGUUGUACGUCAUUUCAGAUGAUGGCUCAGUCGCCGACGGUGAAUGGGAUAGCGAAUGAUGACAUGGCGUCGCAGCAAGCGUCGCCGGAGACGGAACGGCGGGCCCCGGCCCGCACAGGCGUAUUCUCAAUCAUUUCGCGCAAGCAGCAGCGGUUGCUGGAGGAGCGGCGGCGGCGGCAGAAGGAGGCAGCAGAAUUGGCUGCGUAUGAGCAUAUGUUUGUCAAUUCUCCUGUCAAAGCGCCGGCCACCAACACUCCGGUGAGUGGGGCGACAAAUGAGUGCGCCGAUGAACAACAACAGGAACAUCAAGAGGAAGAGGAGCAGUCAUCGAAUAUCGUGCCAGAGCCCGGUGUCAUUGUUGAACGGUGGCCCUCGACGCCUUCGGAUAAGAAUAAGAGAAGAGGCUCGAGUGCCACCAAACAGCGCGGUCGCCGCGGCAAAGCCCUUCAAAAUUUGAACCGCCUGGCGGACGAUGGCACCGUAUUGGCGGAUGGUGGUGAGUGGAUUACGCCAGAUGGCAAGUACCGCUGGGCCGGCUUUGACCCCGCCGCCGAGGAGAAGAGGGCUGCUGCAGCUGCACGUCCAGCGCCUGGUCUCGCCGCACCGGAGCGCAAACCGACUGUGCCGCAAAGGGCCACACCGCAAAAGCAAUGGGAUCAGCAGCGCGAAAGAGGAAACGAAGUUGAAAACGGAACUGAAAGUAAUGCGGCAUCACUUGUGGCAAAACCUCCUGGGAAGACUCCAGCCAAACCGGGGAUGCGUCCUCCACGGCGUGCACUGCCGCAGGUCUCUGUUGAUCGCGAAAACGGAAGAGGCGGCAGGAACGGAAAUCCACAGGGAGAGGAGAUAGUUGCAGCGGAAGCUAUAUCUGUAAAAACAAGGGUAGCAAAUGCAGGUGUGCCACGCGGUUUAAAGAAUGUGCCGCUACGUAUAACUCUUCCCCGACUACCACAGCGGCCGAUGAGCGGCGAUUGUACAAUGAGUGAGAGCAAUAGAGCUCUGACAACACCUUCCGCUUCGGAGCGGAAUAGGAUACGACAACUAGCCUCAAUCUUGCAGAGUGCAUAG